AUGCCGACUUCUACAGAAUUCUUCGGUUACCACUUCACUAACCUCGGCCCUUUAACGACAACCUAUGAGCCUCCUGCAUCAUGCACAACAGCGACAACGGAUCAUAUUUACUAUGCCAAUGCAAGUGAUUUUACUAGUCAAUACGGCCCAGUUUCGUGUGGUCCUGAAAAGAUGGGCGAAUGCUAUCCAUCUGGCUCAGACCACGACAAGAUAAGUAGCCAAAACUUAAAAAUCGGAGGGCACCCUACAGUGGACUACUUUUCCCCUGGGGUGAUUUGUCCCAAAGGUUGGACAACUGCUGGAAUAUUUGCACCAGACAACGAGGCGACAAAGGGCGGUGUUUUCACGAAGGUGUCUGGGACCCUGGACGACCGACUUGGCCCUGAAGAUGUAUGGGGUGGGAUCUUGGAACCCGGAGAGACACUUGCGCUUUGCUGUCCAAGUGGCUGGACUGGGGAUGUAUGGGGAUGGGGCUGUGUAUCCUCCAUCCAACCCUUUGAAUCAGGCACACAUUCGGAAUAUUGCCAACAAGCCAUGCCGAUAUCAGCAAUUGUUUCGGCUUACACUGUCGGAACGAGCGUGUUAUCUGAUCCUAUCUUCUCUGCUCGUACGUAUGAUGUUGACGAGACGACCAAGCUAUUCACGACUGGUGCUGGUGCCUGGCCUACGGACCUCGGUGAGGUUGCUAUCAUCAGAAGAUUCCCUGGCGUUGCGAUGGUUUACCAGGAAGAUGACGUGAAAGAAACUAAAGAGACUGAUGAUGGAGACAAUGGUGAUUCGGAGGAUUCUGACGAUGACAACGCAGCUUCAACGUUGAAUGGCGCGAGGUUUGCACCCGUUGUUGCGGUUUUUGUUAGUAUGCUUGUUGGUGUGGGUAUGUUAAUGAAUUGA